AUGGAGAGUUUGAAGAUCAAACCCAAUCAAACUGAACCAAAAGACACCUACAAAAUAGCGUAUAUAAUCCAUUUCUUACUAGGUGCUGGUAAUUUGCUACCAUGGAACGCUUUAAUAACAGCUAUUGAUUAUUUUGGUUAUCUUUAUCCAGAUAAACAUGUAGAGAAAGUGUUUUCAGUAGCUUAUAUGAGUUCUUCACUUCUAGUUUUGAUUAUGAUGAUAAGUUGGACAAGUUUCAGUAAAUUAGUCACCUUCCAAGUGAGGAUGAACAUUGGAUUCACCAUGUUUGUUGUGUCUCUCAUGAUAACUCCAACGAUUGACUGGGCUUGGCAGGAUAUGCCCAAGAAGUCCAGCUCAUCAUUUUAUGCGGUCGUUUCAUCAGUUGUGUUUUGUGGAUUAGCAGAUGGCUUGAUUGGAGGGAGCCUUGUAGGAUCAGCAGGAAAAUUGCCUAAAGAAUACAUGCAGGCUGUUUUUGCUGGAACUGCUUCAUCAGGAAUUUUGGUAUCUCUCUUGCGAAUAAUAACGAAAGCAUCACUCCCUCAUGAUUCACAAGGGCUCAAGAAAAGUGCACACUUAUAUUUCCUAGUUAGCACACUCAUUUUGCUGAUGUGCAUGGUUUGUUGUACCCUGUUGUACAAGUUGUCAGUCAUGGAACAACAUUUUCAAUUACUUCAACAAAAUCCUUCCAGCUCAAGAACUAAACUCUGGGAUGUAGCAAAGAUGAUUCAAUGGCCUGCCCUAGGAAUUUUUAUAAUAUAUACUGUCACUUUGUCCAUUUUUCCAGGAUUUUUAGCCGAAAACAUAGAGUCAGAACUCCUUAAGGACUGGUAUCCAAUAAUGUUGAUCACCACUUAUAAUAUUGCUGAUUUUGCUGGGAAAUCGUUCACGGCACUUUAUGUUCUAAAGAAUAUCACUAAAGCUACAUGGGGUUGUUUGGGAAGGCUGCUGUUAUAUCCACUAUUCACAGCCUGCUUACAUGGACCUAAAUGGCUCAAGAACGAGGUGUUUGUGGUGUUCUUAACGGUUAUUUUGGGCUUCAGCAAUGGGUAUCUGACAAGUGUCAUUAUGAUUCUGGCGCCUAAAUCAGUGCCACCUUCAGAAGCAGAAAUGGCGGCAGUUGUGAUGGCCCUGUUCCUAGGAUUGGGGUUAGUUUCAGGAUCUGUUCUCGGAUGGAUUUGGAUAAUUUAAAAUUAUUUUUUUAACCACUUAAUGUAAUUUCUUUGUUGUCUUGUUUUUUAGUUUCUAAUAUUAAUCCAAAAUUUCUUUAA